UGCACAAGUGUGUGUGUGUGUGUGUGUGUACGUGCAUUCAGCUCUGCGGGUUAGACAAAGUUGUGCACUGGGUUUAUUUUUGGGCCAGUGACUGUGUGUCGAUGGCUGCAGAUGCGUCGCAAAGGAAGGCUCUGAGAUACCAGCCGACCCUGCUCUAUGGGGAGUACAGGGAGCAGCUGGGCAGCUUUGCCAGGAGGGAGGCGGCUCGCCUGUUGACCGAAAGACAGUGGAAUGCCAGGAGAACCCACGGGCGACCACACCACUUCACCUUGGAAACUGGACCGGGUUCCUCAGGAUUCAGCCACACCUCCUCAGUGAAGAAAACCCGCCCUUAUUCCAAAUGCCAAGACUGUCUAGCACGGAUCCAGAGGUACAUCAUAACGAAGCUUGGGGAGGAUUGGAUCUUUCUGGUUCUGCUGGGCCUCACCAUGGCUCUGGUGAGCUGGAGUAUGGACUACGCUAGUGCUAAGAGCUUGCAGGCCUAUAAGUGGGUGUACGGGGAGCUGAAAGGAAACGUUGGGCUGCAGUACCUGGCCUGGGUCACCUACCCCUUGAUCCUCAUCACCUUCGCCUCACUCUUCUGCCACCUGCUCGCUCCACAGGCCAUCGGUUCAGGCAUUCCUGAGCUGAAGACCAUCUUAAGGGGAGUGGUGCUGAAAGAGUAUCUCACACUGAAGGCUUUUGUGGCCAAGGUCGUUGGCCUCACAGCUGGACUGGGCAGUGGUAUGCCUGUUGGGAAAGAGGGUCCAUUUGUGCACAUAGCCAGUAUCUGUGCUGCAGUGCUCAGCAAAGUCAUGUCCAUCUUCACUGGAGUCUAUGAGAGCAGCUCUCAUGUUCAGGACCUGCGGGUGUGUGCGUGUGCUGUGGGCGUGGCCACCUGUUUUGCUGCCCCCGUGGGAGGAGUCUUGUUCAGUAUUGAGGUCACGUCCACCUACUUUGCGGUGAGGAAUUACUGGAGAGGGUAUUUCGCCGCCACUUUUAGCGCCUUUAUCUUCAGAGUGCUGUCAGUGUGGAAUAAAGAUGCUGUCACCAUCACCGCUCUGUUCCGCACAAACUUCCGCAUGGACUUCCCCUUCGACCUGCAGGAGCUGCCUGCGUUUGCCAUCAUUGGGAUCUCGUGUGGGUUUCUCGGGGCGUUCUUCGUGUAUCUAAACAGGCAGGUUGUCUUGGUGAUGCGGAGGCAAACGGCACUCACACGAUUCCUCACCAGACACCGGUUGAUUUACCCGAGUGUUGUGACGCUGAUUAUCGCCACCCUGACCUUUCCUCCUGGGUUUGGCCAGUUCAUGGCUGGAGAGCUGAUGCCAAGGGAGGCCAUUAACUCCCUGUUUGAUAACUUCACCUGGACCAAAAUAACAGGCCCUGUCCACCCUCCUGGCCUUGGACGAUCCGCCGUGUGGCUUCAUCCACAAGUCAGCGUCUUCCUCAUCCUGUUGCUGUUUUUUGUAAUGAAGUUCUGGAUGUCUGCCGUUUCCACGACGAUGCCCAUUCCGUCCGGUGCUUUUAUGCCCGUCUUCAUUCUGGGAGCAGCAUUUGGUCGGCUGGUGGGAGAGAUCAUGGCUACUCUCUUCCCGAAUGGGAUUCUUUUUGACGGGAUCGUCUACCGCAUCUUGCCCGGAGGCUAUGCUGUCAUAGGUGCCGCCGCUUUGACUGGUGCGGUCACGCACACAGUCUCCACAGCGGUCAUCUGCUUCGAGUUGACCGGUCAGAUCUCACACAUCCUGCCCAUGAUGGUGGCAGUGAUCCUGGCCAACAUGGUGGCCCAGGGCCUGCAGCCGUCCCUCUACGACUCCAUCAUCCAGGUGAAGAAGCUGCCCUACCUGCCCGAGCUGGGCUUCGGCCACAUCAGCAAGUAUAAUAUAUUUGUGGAGGACAUCAUGGUGAGGAAAGUGAAGUUUUUAUCUUCUCAGUCCACGUAUCGUGAGGUCAGUAACCUCCUUGAGUCCACCUCCCUCAAGACCAUCCCUCUGGUGGACUCCAAAGAAUCAAUGAUCCUGCUGGGCUCCAUUGAGCGAUGUGAGCUUCACGCUGCCUGUGAUUGGUGGCUUUCGGCAGAGAGGCGGGUCUACUGUCACAGUCAGGGGCUGCACAGCCCUGGGUCAAAGGUCAAGUGGGAGACCUCCUUCACCUUUGUGGACGAGGAUGGAGAAGAGGAGAAUGGAGGGAAGCCCCCAGAGGAGCGAAAUGGACCUCAUCCUUCCCCCAAGUGUCCGGACUGUUCCACUAACUCAACAGAGAACCGGGGAGUUCUUCAGACGGUGAGGAGGACCCUUCGGCGCCUUUUCUCCUCUUCCUCAUCCUCUGGCCAGACUGAAGUCCAGGAGCCCCCUCCAUCACCAUUGGCAGAUACCAUGACACCCGAGGAGAUAAAAGCCUGGGAAGAAACUGAGCUGAACCAGCCAGUCAAUUUGGAUCAGGUCCGUGUGGACCCCUCCCCUUUUCAGUUGGUGGAGAGGACCUCUCUGCAUAAGACACACACACUUUUCUCUCUGCUGGGCCUCAGCCAUGCAUAUGUCACAAGCAUUGGGAAACUGGUGGGAGUGGUGGCACUCAAGGAGCUGCAGAAAGCCAUCGAGGGCUCGACUCGUAGUGGGGUUCGCUUGCGGCCGCCCCUGGCCAGCUUCCGGGAUGCCAGCCGCAAAGCCAAGAAGCCCCCGCACUCCCCCGCGCCCCCCGUGCGCGAGCACGAGAUGUGGGCCGACGCCAAGGACGAGCCCGGAGGGACGAGGGUUGCCACGGCCACAGAUACAGGAUGCCACGUCGCCGCCGGCGACGGUAGCCGAGGGACCGGCAGCCUUCCCCAGGAGCCCCCCCCCCUCCCCCUCCCCCUCCCCCUCCUUCUCCGCUAUCCCUCUCUCAUCCUUCCAUUCUGCGGAGGAGAGGAGUGA